GUCAACAUAAACCAAUUAAAAACGGUCCAACAUUUCAAGAAACGGUAUUCGGUUGGAUAGUGGCUGGUCCUGUGCAGGGCGUAAAUAAUUCGAUUGUACACUCGUUCUUUCUAAACGCAGCAUUGGAGAAGUCAAGCUGUGCUGAUUUGAACGAUCAAAUUACUAAAUUUUGGAACUUAGAAGAGAUACAAAAAGAAAAUGUUUAUAGCGCGGAAGAAAAAAAGUGCAUGGAGCAUUUUGAUAAAACGGUUGAAAGAAAGGAAGAUGGUAGGUUCGUUGUUCGACUACCGUUACGCGAAAACAUAAACACGUUAGGCUCGUCGCGUUCAACAGCUUUAAAACGUUUUCUAUCUUUAGAAAGUAGAUUCCGCUCAAGUCCUGAACUAAAAAAAAAAUAUGUAGAAUUUAUGGAAGAAUACGAGAACCUCGGCCACAUGAAAAAGGUAAAUAUGAGUGAAGAAACUGAAAAAUCGUAUUAUAUACCCCAUCACGCCGUCCUCCGUGAUAGCAGCGUAACCACUAAAUUACGUGUCGUGUUUGACGCGUCGUGCGCAACCGAUUCCGGAAAAAGUUUAAAUGAUUUGUUAUUGAAAGGGCCGAAAAUUCAAGACGAAUUAGUUUGCAUUAUCGCACGUUUCCGUUCGUAUAAAUAUGUAAUGUCCUCCGACAUAGAAAAAAUGUACCGUCAAAUUUGGGUGUCGAAUGCCGAUACAAAUCUGCAACGAAUAUUGUGGCGCUCACAACCAGAUCAGCCGAUCACUGAAUACAAUUUAAAAACAGUAACAUACGGAACCACGCCUGCGUCGUAUUUAGCAACGGGAUGUCUAAUGAAAUUAGCAGUAAACAUGCAAGAGUUAUUUCCGGAUGCGCACAAGGCAAUCACUAAUGACUUCUAUAUGGACGACUAUCUCGGCGGUGCCAAUGAUAUAACUGUCGCAAAAAAAUUACGCGAUGACGUUAUCAGUAUUUUAAACUCAGCCGGUUUCAAAUUACGUAAAUGGAUUUCUAAUGACCAACGAUUAUUAGAAAAUAUAUCAAACGAGGACAAUGACCCAUUGCGUGUAUUGAAUUUAGACGACAAUACAAUAAAAACAUUAGGCCUGUUCUGGAAUCCGCUCGACGACGUUUAUCAAUAUAAGGUAAACAGUAAUUAUAAAAACAAUGUCGAGCCAAUUACAAAACGUAUGGUGUUGUCAACAAUAUCUAUGAUAUUCGACCCGCUCGGACUAGUCGGACCCGUAGUCGUUGUUGCAAAAAUAUUUAUGCAAAAGCUAUGGCAAACUCGCAUAAAUUGGGACGAUCCUAUAGCCACCGUGCUACGAAAAGAAUGGCAAGACUAUCAACAAACCUUACCUGAACUUGAAGAAAUCUACAUCUCAAGAUGGAUAAUUGGUUGCUCAGACGUGCACACCACACAAAUACACGGCUUCGCCGACGCUUCGUUACUAGCAUUCGGCGCGUGUUUGUACGCACGGAGCACCGACGCUUUAGGAAAUCACUAUUCCAGGCUGAUAGUCGCGAAGUCAAAGGUGGCGCCAUUAAAGGUAGUGUCUUUAGCACGCUUAGAAUUAUGCGCGGCUAUCUUGUUAGCGCGACUGGCUAAUAAGAUAAUUCCGCGAUUAAAUAUUAAAGUAAACGAAAAACGGUUUUGGUCAGAUUCAACAAUAGUGCUCGCAUGGAUAAAUGCUCCAUCAACACGUUGGAAAACAUUUGUAGCACAUCGAGUCGGAGAAAUCCAAACAUUAACUGCGGCAGCAGAGUGGGGAUAUGUAAAAUCAAAUGACAACCCGGCAGAUGUACUUUCGCGUGGUUGUAGCCCAAAACAAUUAAAAGAUAAUACUUUGUGGUGGGAAGGUCCAGUAUGGCUCAAAUCAAAUAAAAAUGAAUGGCCUAAGUCGUCAAAUAAUAAGUUAUCACCAAACAUCGAACUGCCAGAGACAAAACGUACACAAGUAGCACUCCAGCUGUCUAUAAAAGAAGAAUUCUACUUAAUCAAAAGAUAUUCAUCCAUAAAUAAAUUAUUACGUGUAAUCGCGUACUGUAGGCGUUGGUACGAACGCGUAAUUAAUAAGCAUGAUAAUUAUAUCGACAUCAAAGUCGACGCCACCGAAGUAGCUGCCGCACAAACAACGAUAAUAAAACUGGUUCAACAACAUUAUUUUGCUGAAGAGAUAAAACUUAUAAAAUCAAGAAAAAGCAUAACAACAACGAAAAUCGCAUUACUGCGCCCGUAUAUAGACAAAAAAAAUGUAUUACGCGUCGGCGGCCGCAAAAAUAAUUCAACCACUAUACAUUUUAACCAACGAAAUCCGAUAUUAUUGCCAGCUAAAUCAGCGUUUACCUUAGCACUAUUUAGUAAUGAACACGAGCGUUUAUUACAUGCUGGCCCACAAGCACUAUUGUCAUCGAUUCGCGAAAAGUUCUGGCCAUUAAACGGUCGUAAUAUAGCCAGACAAACGGUACAUCAAUGUGUUGUUUGUUUUCGUUCCAAACCUGUAAUUUACGAGCCAAUAAUGGGAGACCUACCGCGCGAUCGCAUUGAACUAGAACGCGCGUUCAAAAUAUGCGGCGUCGAUUUUGCCGGUCCAAUAAUGAUUAAG